AGAACAGGAAGUACGUAAUCGUCAAGGUAAAUCCCAACUUUUGUUGAAUGACUAACCCUCACCACUUUUGGAUUGUUCAUAAUCUUCUGACAAUUUCUCAUUUAUCUUAGGAGGCAGUUCGAAUCUAUAGUCACUCUUUCACCAUGUUCCGUGCCGGAUUGGACGUCCAAAAAUUAAAAACCAAUCUUCGCCUCUGUAUAAAUAGGUUGAAGAUGCUGGAGAAAAAGAAAACAGAACUAGCCGUUAAAGCUAGAAGGGAAAUUGCCGACUAUCUGCAAGCUGGAAAAGAUGAUAGAGCCAAGAUUCGGGUAGAACACAUUAUCCGUGAAGAUUACUUGGUCGAGGCAAUGGAAAUAAUUGAAAUGUAUUGUGAUUUGUUGUUAGCCAGAAUGGGGUUAAUAGAUAGCCAGAAACAUAUCGACGAGGGUCUUGAAGAGCCGAUCGCGACAAUAAUUUGGGUCUCACCAAGACUUGAAGCUGAAGUUCCCGAAUUAAAAAUGGUUGUAAAUCAGUUCUCAAAAAAGUAUGGCAAGGAAUGGGUAAUGGCUUCUAGAGCAAAUGAAUUUCAAAAAACUAAUCCAAAAGUAGAGCAUAAGUUGUCUGUUAAAGCACCCGAUCCUAACUUGGUUGAUAGAUAUCUCAUUGAAAUUGCUAAAACUUACAACAUUCAUUAUGAACCAAGUCCUGGAUUACCUGACAUAGAAGUUAUGAAAGCAGAAGAUUUACUAAUUGAUUUCAAUGACAAAAAAAAUCCUAGAGGAGGUGGAAACGAUGGUAAUCCGAGUGGUGGUGCAGGAGGAGGAAGUGGAGGUGGAGGUGGAGGUGGGGGCGGUCAAACAUACCCUUUUGCAUACCCUGCCACUCCUCAGCAGCCCUACGGGGCAGCCUCUCAACCACCACCUUUGCCCGUUGUUCCUCCAAUGGGAGGAGCACCAGUGGCUCAUGGCGGAAUGCCAAUGGGAAUGCCGCCAAUGGGACCUGGCGUUGAUAAUCCACCAGCACCCAGCUAUGAAGAAGCCACUAAACCCAGUCAGUCACAGCCAACUGCUCCAAAAGCUGAUGAUGCUCUCAACUUACCGGAACUACCUAGAGUUCCAAGCAAUGACCUUAUUUCUGGAGGUAAAGCUGGAACACAGUCCAACGAUGGAGAUGAUGUCGAUUUCGAUGAUUUAACAAGAAGAUUCGCAGAUUUAAAGAAUAAGAAAUAA